AGCGGAGGAGUUGGGACCGGCGCAAAAGUUUCCUCCCAACUCCGGCCCCGCGCGCCGCCGCCACCGCCCACUCCAGCCCCCGGCCUGGGGCCGACCCCGCCGCCGCCAGGGCCAGGGCCAGGGCCAGGGCAGGGCCGGGCCGGGCCGGCAGUUUCGCUUUGGCGCGCUCGGAGCAGCCGCCUCAGCCGGGCCCUGGCAGGAGCUGGAGCAGGAGCUGGAGGAGGAGCCCGGACACAUUGCCGCCGCGUCCUGGCCCCCAGCCACCUGGGAGGUAGAUUGGACCUACCCCCUGCCUCCAGCUCCCCGAUUCCCGCCCCCCGAGGCCACCUGCCCGGGGUGAAGGGGCGCUGCUGCGAGCCCCGGGUGCAGAAGGGGUGCCGGGGAGAGGCGCCCCGUGUUUCCGGGCCCGCCUGAGCCGGGAGUCCCCCGAGAGUGGGGGCUGCACCCGCGGGACCAGACACCUGUUCGGCCAGGCCUGGCGUGGUCGCCGGGGGCCAGGAUGAAAGUGACCGUAUGCUUCGGCAGGACCUGCAUCGUGGUGCCUUGCAAGGAGGGCCAGCUGUGCGUCCGGGAGCUCACGCAGCAGGCGUUGCAGCGGUACCUGAAGACCCGAGAGAAGGACCCUGGCUACUGGGUGAAGAUUCAUCACUUAGAAUACACAGAUGGCGGGAUCCUGGAUCCAGAUGACAUCUUGGCAGAUGUUGUUGAAGACAAAGACAAGCUGAUUGCUGUGUUUGAAGAACAAGAACCGCUCCACAAGAUCGAGAGCCCCAGUGGAAACCAUGCAGGAGGGCAAAGCCCAGACACUUUUGAGACAGAAGUGGCUGCCCAGCUGGCUGCAUUUAAACCAAUUGGUGGGGAAAUUGAAGUAACUCCUUCGGCUCUGAAAUUAGGCACUCCACUACUGGUGAGGAGAAGCAGUGACCCAGCGCCAGGCCCACCUGCUGAUGCCCAGCCAAGCGCUUCACACCCCAGUGGGCAGAGCCUGAAACCUGUUAUUCCAGAUUCCACACAGAACUUAGAAGAUGGAGAAGUUAUGAAUGGUGUACAGACGGAAUUAUUGACAUCGCCAAGAACUAAGGAUGCAUUGAGUGAUAUGACAAGAACAGUGGAGAUUUCUGGGGAAGGGGGCCCCUUGGGAAUACAUGUAGUGCCCUUCUUUUCAUCUCUGAGUGGAAGGAUUCUAGGACUCUUCAUCCGUGGCAUUGAAGAAAACAGCAGAUCCAAGCGGGAAGGAUUGUUUCAUGAGAAUGAAUGUAUUGUAAAAAUCAACAGUGUGGACCUUGUAGACAAAACCUUUGCUCAGGCUCAAGAUGUCUUCCGUCAGGCAAUGAAAGCUCCAAGCGUGCUCCUCCAUGUCCUUCCACCUCAAAACCGUGAACAGUAUGAAAAGUCAGUCAUUGGGCCUCUUAACAUUUUUGGUAACAGUGAUGGUGUUGUGAGAACAAAGCCGCCUCCUUCUACCCAUGGAAAAUCGGGGGUAAAGGCAGUAAACCUCACAGGAACAAGCAGCCCUGAAGAAGAUGCUUCAGCUUCCCUUCAACAAAGCAGGAGCCCCCGAGUCCCCAGACUAGGUAGAAAAGCAUCCUCUCCCUCACUCUCCCCUCUCAUGGGGUUUGGCAGCAAGAAAAAUGCAAAGAAAAUUAAGAUUGACCUUAAGAAAGGCCCUGAAGGACUUGGUUUUACUGUGGUUACCAGAGACUCUUCCAUACAUGGUCCUGGUCCCAUUUUUGUAAAAAAUAUUUUACCAAAAGGAGCAGCAAUAAAAGAUGGCCGCCUGCAGUCAGGGGACAGAAUUUUGGAGGUCAAUGGCAGAGAUGUGACUGGACGGACUCAGGAAGAGCUUGUGGCCAUGCUGAGAGGCACCAAGCAGGGAGAGACAGCCUCGCUGGUCAUCGCCCGCCAAGAAGGAGCUUUUCUGCCCCGAGAGCUGAAAGGAGAACCUGACUGCUAUGCGCUCUCCCUGGAAACCAGUGAGCAACUCACCUUCGAAAUCCCCCUGAAUGAUUCUGGUUCUGCUGGUCUUGGGGUGAGCUUGAAGGGGAACAAAUCUCGAGAAACUGGAACAGACUUGGGCAUUUUUAUCAAAUCCAUCAUCCACGGAGGUGCUGCUUUUAAGGAUGGUCGUCUGCGGAUGAAUGACCAGCUGAUUGCAGUUAAUGGGGAAUCUCUUCUGGGGAAGUCCAACCACGAAGCGAUGGAAACACUUAGGCGAUCGAUGUCCAUGGAAGGAAACAUACGAGGGAUGAUCCAGUUGGUGAUUCUGAGGAGGCCAGAGAGACCAGUGGAGGAGCCUGCCGAGUGUGGGGCGUUUUCUAAGCCAUGCUUUGAGAACUGUCAAAACGCUGUAACCACAUCCAGGAGAAAUGAAAAUAGUACAUUGCAUCCGUUUGGCACUUACAGUCCACAAGACAAACAGAGAGAGCCAUUUCCUCCCAGUGACGGAUGGGGCGAGAGCGAAGUCCCGCCUUCACCACCACCGCAUCCCGUUCUGGAAUUGGGCCUUGAAGAUUACAGCCACAGGUAUCGAUAA